GGUCCAGUGGCGAUGUUACUUCUCUUAUUACAGUAUUGUUAACGGAACAGUUUUGCCUGUGGGUGUCUGCAGAUGGUUCGUAAGCAACACAGAUUUUGACGUUACAGGAGUCAUCUCGCGUUCGCCUGUACAAAACUUAGCUCAGAGUUUUAGCAAAUAACGCGUCAGCUAAGCCGUGCGAGGCUGCAACAUUUCGGUUCCAAAUUCAGACCAAGCAGUAUUCUAAGUUGGAACUAUGUCACCAGAACAGCAGGCAGUGGAGACGGCAAGGAAGGCCUUCCUCACGGGCAGGUCUAAGCCCCUGGAGUACAGAAUCACUCAGCUGAAGUCACUACAGCGUUUCAUCGUGGAGAGGCAGAAGGACAUCAACGCCGCUCUCAAGAAAGACCUCAACAAGAGCGAGCUUGGAACGCCCUUGUACGAAACUUUGGGCCUGGAGGGGGAGAUUUUGUUAGCGGUGAACAAGCUGGCGGAGUGGGCGGCGCCUCGGCCGGUGGAGAAGAACCUGCUCACCCUCUCGGACCAGGUGUUUAUCCAGCCGGAGCCCCUGGGAGUGGUGCUCAUCAUCGGGGCCUGGAACUAUCCCUGGGCCGUCACCAUCCAGCCCCUCAUAGGGGCCAUCGCUGCAGGUAAUGCUGCUGUGGUGAAACCGUCAGAAGUUAGUGCUCACACCUCCAAAGUGAUGGAGGAGCUGCUCCCCCUUUACUUAGACAAGGAGAUGUACCCGGUGGUGACAGGUGGCAUCCCAGAGACACAGGAGCUGCUGAGGCAACGCUUUGACCACAUCUUCUACACGGGGAACAGCACCGUGGGAAAACUGGUGAUGGAGGCGGCUUCACGCCACCUCACCCCCGUCACCCUGGAGCUGGGGGGCAAGAGCCCCUGCUACAUCGACAAGGACUGCGACCUGUCCAUCGCCUGCCGCCGGAUCACCUGGGGCAAGUUCACAAACUGUGGCCAGACCUGCAUCGCCCCCGACUACAUCCUCUGUGAGCCCAGCAUCCAGGACCGAGUGAUUGAGGAGAUCCGCAAGAGCAUCAAGGAGUUCUACACCGAAGACCCCAAGGCCUGCGAGGACUACGGACGCAUCAUCAACCAGAGACACUUUAAGAGGGUGAUGGCCAUGAUGGCAGACAGUACAACAGCUGUAGGGGGAGACCAUGACGAGUCGCAGUGCUACAUCGCUCCCACAGUUCUGAGGGAUGUGAAGCCAGAUGCCAAGGUGAUGCAGGAGGAGAUCUUUGGCCCCCUGUUGCCCAUACUGACGGUGAGCGGGUUGGACGAGGCCAUCCGCUUCAUCAACGACCGAGAGAAGCCCCUGGCCCUCUAUAUCUUCUCUCCUGAUAACAAGCUGAUCAAGCAGGUUAUAGCCGAGACGUCCAGCGGUGGAGUGCUGGCCAACGACUGUCUGGUGCACUACUCUGUCAGUGCUCUGCCCUUCGGAGGAGUGGGUAAUAGUGGGAUGGGCUGUUACCAUGGGAAACACAGCUUUGACCAACUGAGCCACCUGCGGGGCUGUCUCAUUAAGUCCCUGGGCAUGGAGGGGGUCAACAAUAUGCGGUACCCCCCCCACACGGCCAAGAAGCUGGGCUGGGCCCGGUUCUUCAUCCUGAAGCAAGUGGACCUUGGCCGCGUGGGCCGCAUGGCGCUGUUCUCCCUGCUCAUCGUGAUCGCCGCUGCCGUGCUCCAGAGGUAUCUGCAGUGAAGCUGCAGUAGAACUGCGCAGAUGGAUGUCCUUGUGAGUUGCUGGGGCAGAUACGGGUCUCGCCUGCGCAGUGGAAAGAUUGGGGACCAGCUGCUGCCUUAAUUACACUAACCUUUCGGAAAAAACAAGAGCAGAAGAGCUCAACAAUCUUUUGAAGUGCAUAGUUUUUUACCAUUAUUUGCCAUGCUGCAAAUGGCUGAGGACUUAUGAUCUGCUGGUAAUUUUCAAUGUGUACUAAUUUGUCAUGUAAUCAGUGGUUACCUUAUAUGUGGCACCACAGCGAGUACAUUAUUUGCAUUAACCUGUUAGUUGAGGUUUAUCAUGUAUUUUUAAAGCCAUUUAUUUCCAUUAUACUCCUAAUGGAUUUGGUUUUAAUGAAGGAAACAAACAGGGCUAAUAGCCUGAUGGUUUUUUUGUAAUGCUUUUUGCAUUAUGGUGGUUAAUAGCGUUACAGCAAGGACACUGUAUGAAGUCACGCAACAAUGGUGUCAUCACAUUUCAAAGCUCUGGUUCCCUGAUGAAAUGUGCUCAGCUAGCCUGGCUGACUUCCUGUCAUGAGACUGGAGGACUUCCACUCGUCGUGCCAAAGUUCCUCCAGUCAUCAUUCUGGAGGUCUUCCCAUAAUCGCCAGUCAGGGAGCAUGUCAUCAGAGCACUGGAAUCAGUGCAUAAUGAAGGACUGCAAUGAAUGAGAAUCAGGUCAAGUCUUCCAACUGAAGAAAACCAAGCUUUUCACAGUAGAUGGCUGUGCGAUUUCAAACCUGCUGUCAUGUAGCAUGUACAAGGUGUAUCAUAAUAUGCCAGAGGAACUUUUUAAGCUAGGCAGUAUGUCGCCUUUUGAAUAAUGCUCCCAUU